AUGUUGGCAAAGGUAGUGAAUGGCUGCACUGACAGGUGGGAGUGCAGCAAACAAGUAGCAACCGUUCCUGCUAUUCAGCAGAAAAGAACUGUAGCAUUUCUAAACCAGUUUGUGGUUCACACCGUACAGUUUCUCAACCGAUUUUCUACUGUUUGUGAAGAGAAAUUGUCAGCACUCUCUCUCCGUAUCCAACAAAUUGAAACAACGCUCAACAUUCUGGAUGCAAAGUUGUCCUCUAUUCCUGGCCUAGAAGACGUCAAAUAUGAAGUGUCCAAUGUAAAUUUGAAUAGUGUUACAAAUGGUCCUGUUGCACAAGCUACUACAGAUCAACAGACAAGUAUAUCACCUCAGUCUGGACACUAUCAGAACAAUAUAAAUGAAGAAGGGUUACAGAAAACGGAAGUAGUAACAGAAAAUAUCAGAACUGUUGCCAAGGAUCCAAGAUAUGCCAGAUAUCUCAAAAUGGUACAAGUGGGCGUUCCUGUAAUGGCAAUACGAAACAAAAUGAUUUCUGAGGGGCUAAAUCCAGAUCUUCUUGAGACCCCAGAUGCCCCCGUGCCUGCUUGGGGAGAUGAUGGGAAUGCAGAAGAGAGUUCUGAUAGUGAAUCUUCGUUCAGUGACUAAAGAAACUGGUUUCAGCCUUUGGAAACUUCUGUUAAGUGCUAAUGUGUUUGAAGCCCUAGCAGAGAAUGUUAUGCUUGGGCCACAUGGAUGAUGAUUUGUCUGACAGCUUUUCUUAGCACUCAGACCUGUCAUGUUCUCUCCCAGGAAGUUUGAACAGGCAGGGUGUUCAAACCUGAACCUUUCCACCGUGAGAAUUAAUCAUGAGAUCCUUGCAAUUGUCGAUAGUGCAUUAUUUCAGGUUCUUUCCGAUUCUUCUGAAAUUACUUUGUAAAACUAAAAAUUCCACACCUCUGAACCUAGGUCUCCAAGGCUGCAUUGUGGUCAUUAUUAGACUUUUUAUGUAACACUGUUAGUCUAAGUUGCCUUCUUUUUGUCCCAUAACUUACAGGUGGAGUAACUUUUCAAAUGAAAUUGGUAAUUGUAAACUGAUGGAACUGCAAUUUUUUAUAAUAUACCGUAUCCUGAAGUGAUGGAACAAGAAUUUCGCAGAAGAGUUAGCUAUCAUAUGGUGAUGCACAUCAGUGAUAUUCUGUUUGCAGAGAAGUUGAACUACAAGUGGAGAAAUAUAUGUAACAAUCUGAAUCUAUUUUCCAAGUGUAUAUUGCUAUUCAGUUUCAUGUUAGAGUUGUUACAGAAAUUCCUGCUCUAUAGAAAAAUCUGUUUAUCAGAUUCAUGUUACAGUGGUGUACAAAGCUACAAAUGUUGCAAGAUUGUUUUGAAAAUGGCACUGUUGAAGUCAGUCACUGGGAGAUUAUUAAUGGGAUACCCGAGUCUCACUGCUUGCACUGUCACACAGGUCAGUCAGUAGAAGCCACUUUCUGGCAGCUGUUUGGCUCAUUUGAAAUGAGCUGUGGCUGUGCAGUUCACACAGGAUAAGAGAUCACCUCCAAGUUGGUGCCGUUGGUGGUAAUUUCACAAAGAAGCCAAAACUGAGUUUGUAUAAUGAUAAACUUUCUCACCACCUCUUGAGGUAUGCAUUGGCAAACAAUAUGAAGAAUUCACUCAGAGCCUGACUAACCCACAAGAUGGAUCUUCUCUCCUCCGUCCAAAGUACUUCAUCUGCUGCAUAAAUCAAAAAUGACAUUUCAUUAAAGGAUCUUCUUUUAUAUAAUUUGUUCCACAUGAACUUCUUCACUAUCUAUUUGAAUUCCUCAGAUUACUGUGAUUAUACCAAAAUGCUGUGGGCCAGGCAAUCAUUCACUUUCUGCUCUUUCACAUUCUUCCUGAGACCAAGAAAAGACUAAAACUGUAGCUCUGAAUAUAUACAUUUGUUAACUUUUAUGACUGAGUCGUUAUCUUCUCUCUUGGUUAUUUCUACCACUUCAACAGGUUAACUACUUUUUUUCUGUAACUUAAGCAUGGCUCCUAUUUGAGUCUAGCAGACAUAAUUAAGCUCUUCAUAACUUGUAUAUCAAAAUAAUAUAUGAAUCCCUAGAUAAAGCAUGUAUGCACUAGAGAAUGUCUAGAGAUGGUAUUUCAGUGAGGAGUUAAUUAUUACUGAACACUUAACAGACGUGGUCAAUAACUAACACUUGGCAAAACUUGGCAAGUAUUAACAUAUUAGCAAUAAAUAUUUCAAAAGUGAAUGUUGGUAUUUCAGAAACCACGUGUUAAAAUACUGAUAACUUUAUGAAAUCUAUAUUUGAAAACUCAUUGAAGCAAUCUGUAUCAUUAAAGUUAUGUUUUGUAAACCAAAA